GUCAAUAAAAUGGUACCUCGAAAACAUAUCUUGUAAUACACGUGUUCAGGAUAUUGAUGUUGAUGUAGUGGCACUACUCAACGACACAGUUGGUACCCUCAUGGCAUGCGCCUUCAAAGAAAAUAGCUGCCAGAUGGGAGUCAUCCUCGGAACCGGCACCAAUGCCUGCUAUAUGGAAAAGCUCUCCAACUGCCCGAAAUUUGCAAAAUAUGGCUUUGACAGGGACAAGUACCCGAAAGAAAUGAUAAUAAACAUGGAAUGGGGCGCAUUCGGCGAUGACGGUUGCCUUGAUUGCUUCCGCACGAAGUAUGAUAGGGAAGUGGAUGAAAAAUCAAUCAAUCCCGGGCUACACUUGUUCGAGAAAAUGAUCUCUGGGAUGUAUAUGGGCGAGCUAGUUCGUCUGGUCCUUCUUGAGCUCGCCAAAAACAAGCAAAAGGGCCUUGGAGACUUGCGACGAGCAUUGAAAAUUCUUCAGGAGAUUGGGGUUGACAAAAUGAGUGAUAGCGAUUGUGUGCACGUUGCUUACGUGUGCGAGGUGAUCAGCCGCCGGUAAUU